AUGAUGAAUCCGAGUCACGGAAGAGGACUCGGAUCGGGUGGUGGGUCGAGUUCCGGUAGGAAUCAAGGUGGUGGUGAGACCGUAGUUGAGAUGUUUCCGUCGGGUCUUCGAGUUCUUGUCGUUGACGAUGACCCAACUUGUCUAAUGAUCUUAGAGAGGAUGCUUAGGACUUGUCUUUACGAAGUAACGAAAUGCAACAGAGCAGAGAUUGCAUUGUCUCUGCUCCGGAAGAACAAACAUGGAUUCGAUAUAGUGAUCAGCGAUGUUCAUAUGCCUGACAUGGAUGGAUUCAAGCUCCUUGAACAUGUUGGUCUUGAGAUGGACUUACCUGUUAUCAUGAUGUCUGCGGAUGAUUCAAAGAGUGUUGUUCUAAAGGGAGUGACGCACGGUGCGGUUGACUACUUAAUCAAACCGGUACGUAUGGAGGCACUUAAGAACAUAUGGCAGCAUGUGGUUCGGAAGAGGAGGACCGAGUGGAACGUACCGGAACAUUCUGGGAGCAUUGAGGAUACUGGCGAGAGACAGCAGCAACAACAUAGAGGAGUUAGUGGUGCAGCUGUUUCUGGUGGGGAGGAUGGCGCGGAUGAUAACUCGUCCUCGGUUAACGAAGGGAACAACUGGAGGAGUAGCUCACGGAAGCGGAAAGACGAGGAAGGGGAAGAUCAAGGGGACGAUAAGGAAGAAGAUGCGUCGAAUCUGAAGAAACCGCGUGUUGUUUGGUCUGUUGAGUUGCAUCAGCAGUUUGUCGCUGCUGUUAAUCAGCUCGGCGUUGAAAAGGCGGUUCCUAAGAAGAUCUUAGAGCUGAUGAAUGUUCCUGGGCUAACCCGAGAAAACGUAGCCAGUCACCUCCAGAAAUACCGGAUAUAUCUAAGACGGCUUGGGGGAGUAUCGCAGCACCAAGGCAAUCUAAACAACUCGUUUAUGACGGGUCAAGACGCGAGUUUUGGUCCUCUUUCGACAUUGAAUGGGUUUGAUCUUCAAGCGCUAGCUGUCACGGGUCAGCUUCCUGCUCAGAGCCUUGCACAGCUUCAAGCCGCUGGUUUAGGCCGGCCUGCGAUGGUCUCUAAGUCGGGAUUGCCGGUUUCCUCCAUUGUGGACGAGAGAAGCAUCUUUAGCUUUGACAAUCCGAAAACGAGAUAUGGAGAUGGGCUUGGUCAUCACGGGCAACAACACCAACCGCAACAGCAGAUGAACUUGCUCCAUGGUAUCCCGACAGGUAUGGAACCAAGACAACUCGCGGGUUUACAACAACAGAUCCCUAUGGGUAAUCGAAUGAGCAUACAACAACAGAUUGCCGCUGUUCGAGCUGGACAUAGCACACAAAACAGCGGAAUGCUGAUGCCACUAGCGGGUCAGCAGCCAUUGCCCCGGGGACCACCGCCAAUGAUACCGUCGUCACAAGCAUCCAUCAGGCAGCCGAUGUUAUCAAACCGCAUUUCGGAGAGAAGCGGUUUCUCUGGAAGGAACAGUAUCCCUGAGAGCAGCCGAGUGUUGCCGACAAGUUACACCAAUCUCGCAACCCAACACUCAUCAAGCUCGAUGGCCUACAACAACUUCCAACAGGAACUCCCCGUGAACAGCUUCCCGCUACCGAGUGCGCCAGGCUUAUCGGUUCCGGUUCCGGUUCGGAAAGUCCCUUCUUACCAGGAAGAGGUUAACAGCUCCGAAGCGGGUUUCUCUAACCCAAGCUACGAGAUGUUGACCAACAGACAGAACGAUUGGGAUCUGCGGAGUAUCGGAAUAGCCUUUGAUGCGCAUCAGGACGCAGAAUCCGUAGCCUUUUCCAAUUCAGAAGCCUACUCUUCUUCGUCUAUGUCAAGAAACAACACAGCGAUUGCAGCCACCGAGCACGGCCGGAACCAGCAGCAGCCACCGCUUCUGCACCAUCAGGUUUAUGCGGACGGAGGCAACAGUUCAGUGAGGGUGAAAUCGGAGAGAGUGUCGGCGGAUUCAGCGGCAAUGGCGUUCCACGGGCAGUAUAGUAAUCAAGAAGAUCUUAUGAGCGCACUUCUUAAGCAGGAAGGGAUUGCACCGGUUGAUACUGAAUUCGACUUUGAUGCAUACUCGAUCGAUAAUAUUCCGGUUUGA